GCGCUGAACCGAAUCGUCGAGUGACAAGAUGCACCUCCCGACUCUCGCCCUUACCUUCGUGGCCGCGGUGACCGGCGCUUUGGCUGGCUCGCCCCCACAACAGCAAAGUAACCCGCAGCCGAUUCUGUUCGCUGCAACCUACACGCGCGACGAAGGUUGGAUUAAUGGCACGGGCAAGGGCAUCUACACGUACAAAUUUGACACGACGGAUGGAUCUCUGACUCCCUGGGGAGUCACGCCCCUUGGCAUCAACCCUAUGUACGUCCAGGGCACCACCAAGACGUUCAAAACGGGCGAACGCGUUAUCUACGCGAUUAACGCCGUCAGUGACGAGUCCAAAAAGCACCCUGGCACCCAAACCGGAUUCGUGUCGGCUCUCACUUUGAACGAUGACGGCACACUUGAGCUGCUUAACACGCUCGAGACGCACGGUGGGUCACCAACGCACAUCUCACUGAGCCCACAAGAGGACUUCGUUGUCAUCUCCAACUACGGUGGCAGUCUCACCAUGUUCCCAUUGAACGCGGACGGCUCUCUUGCAAAGGAAUCCUUCCAUCAGGAAUUCCCGAAGGGAAGCAAGGUCGUCAUGGACCAGCAGGCUUCGGGUCACAUCCACAGCACCACAUGGCUUCCCAACUCCAAGAACGUCGUCGCAGCUAAUCUCGGUAGCGACGAGCUGCUACAAUUUAAGCUUGACGAGAAGAAACAGACGCUGAAGACCCUGAAGGCCGUGAACCGUCCGCCCGGAUCAGGACCGCGUCACAUGGCGCUCCACCCGAAUGGAAAGAUUGCGUAUGUUGUGGACGAGAUCUCCAACACUGUGGGUGUGUUCAAUAUCGACAAGAAGGCGGCUCUGCUUUCAAAGACUGCGCUGCAGAAGAUCUCGACACUUCCAAAGGAUUUCAAGAACACCAGUACGAGCGCUGACAUCCACUUGUCUAGCAACGGAAAGUUCCUGUACACGUCGAACCGUGGCCACGAUUCCAUCGCGAUGUUUAAAAUUAAUGAGAACGACGGCACUCUGACGUCUCUGGGCUUUGAAAGCACUCGUGGCAAUGUCCCGCGCGGUUUCACGGUGUAUGGCGACUGGCUGAUCGUGGCGAACCAGAAUUCGAAUGACAUGUACGUGUUCGCGGUGAACAGCAAGACGGGUCUGCUGAAGUACACUGGUAACUCGUACGAGAUCGGAACAGCAGUGUGCCUGUACGUCGCUGAAUAUUAAGAGUUUUGUGGUCAUUGCUUUAUGAAUGGAAUGAUAUCCAUCAGUAAAGCAAAUUAAGAAACGUUGCAGAAAGAA